AGUUUGCAUUUACACCUCAUAUGGCUUUUUGACGUUCGCGACCACUGGCAAGUUUGUUCACGACAGAUAAAUAAGCAUAAGCACGGAGUCAUAUUUUUUAAAUUAUAUAUGUAUAUCUUAAAUAAAUAAACUAAACACUAAAAUAUCUUAUGCGACUUUUACGAAAUUCCAUCCUUCAUUCAUUAAAGAGAUCUGUCGAAUUUGUAAAUCUACAACGUGGUUUACAUACUUUUGUGGGAAUGGCGUGUAGUCGAUUUGAAUAUGUUAAAAACUACGAACAGGAUGAUAGCAUAUUGCCAAAUGUGUGGAUAGUGAUACGCUUGGAUGGCAAAGGAUUUCAUAAAUUUUCCAAAGCACAUGAAUUUACGAAACCCAAUGAUGCAGACGCGCUUAAUUUGAUGAACAGCGCGGCAGUAACAGUAAUGGAAGAAUUCCGCGAUGUAAUACUAUCUUAUGGUCAAAGUGAUGAAUACUCAUUUAUUUUCCGAAAGGAGACUAAUGUUUUCAAUCGACGAGCAGCGAAACUUCUCACCUACGUAACAAGUUUAUUCACUUCUGCUUACGUAUUUAAUUGGAACCAAUGGAUGCAACAUAAAACUUUACAGUAUCCUCCAUGCUUCGAUGGUCGUAUUGUAUUAUAUCCAUCAGACCAGAAUUUACGCGACUAUCUCAGCUGGCGACAAGCCGAUGUACAUAUUAAUAAUUUAUACAAUACAGCAUUUUGGAAUUUAGUUUUACAAUCGGGGCUAACUAAUCAAGAAGCCGAAGCAGAGCUACGCGGUACAUUCUCUGCGGAUAAAAAUGAAAUGCUUUUUACGAAAUUUGGCAUUAAUUAUAAUCAACUUCCCGCUAUGUUUCGUAAGGGUACUAUACUAUUAAGGAAGCGUGUGAAAAUCAGCGAUAAAGAUGGUUUCAAUAGACAGUUAAUUGUGCCCGUGCACGAUGAUAUGAUACGUGAAAAAUUUUGGAAGGAACAUAGCGAGUUAUUGGGUAAGUAUAAGCCAGGUGAUUAUGUGUCUACCAUUGAUGAGAUAUCACCAGUAUUGAAAACUCAAAUAGACAAACUAAAUAGCGACGACGAAAAACCAGAAAAUAUAGAAUGUUCUAGUUAG